CCGCUGCGUCCCGCGCCGAUGCCCGCCGUCGCCGGGCCCUCGCGCCUGCCGUCGACGGGGACGCCCGUGACGCCGGCGCCUGCACGCCCAGAGACCGCCAGUCCCGUUUCUGCCGCACGGCCGUCGCGCGAGACGGCCACGCCGACGCCGCCGCCCACGAGUGCGGCGCCGCGCCGUGCGCAGGAGAGCAUUGCCGAUGCCGUUGCCAUGGCCGUCGGUGCGAAGAAGGAGCGCAAGCGCAAGCGCAUCCAUUACUCAUGUGCCGAGUGUCACCGACGCAAGCACAAGUGCGACCGCAACACACCGUGCCAGGCCUGCAUCGACCGCGGCCUCGCCGAGUCGUGCCGCCCGUUCGAGGAGGGCGACCAGCACGGCGACGUGCGCGACCGCGUUGCGCGCCUCGAAGACCUCGUCGAGGGCCUGGCGAAGGCCAACACCGGCCUCGCUUCGGAGCUCAGCGCCAUGCGGCGCGCAGUCGGCCUGGGCGCGCCGCCUGCGCGGUCAGACGCUGAUUCUGGCGCGCUAGGCGCACUGGCCGCAGCGGCGAGUGCAGCCAAGGGCGGUGACUCGGAGGAUGAGAAGCCGACCGUCGACGAGCGGUCGCGCCGCGUCGUGCGCAUUGCCAACUCGCGCUCGCUCGGCAUGGAGCGCGAGGAGCUGCGCCGUGCGACUGCGGCGGGCGGCGAGGACCGCAGUGCCUCGCUGUACGGCGCAGGCGACGACGAUCCGCCUGGAGGCGCAGUGGGCGCCAAUCCGCUUGAGGGCGGCCUGACACGCGAGGGCGACUCAUUCUACGGCGCGCUGGCUCUGCCGAGCGUGUCGCGCGGCAUCAUCGAGACGCGCAUCCACGGAGAGAGGCUCGAGCUGUCCUCGAACGUUCCUCUCCGCUCGGCCAGCGUCAAGGUCCGCCGCCUCAUCCAGGAGGGCGGCGCGCACCCCGACGUCGUCAAUGAGCUUAUGGAGAACCUUCCGUCGCGCGCAGAAAGCGACCAGAUGCUGCUGUGGUACUUCCGGGACAUCAACGUCACGCGGCUGCCGCUGCACGAGCAGACCUUCAGGCAGAGCUACGAGGAGCUGAUGGACUGGAAGUGGGGCACGGCAAAGGAGGAAGAGGGCGACGACGGAGCGCGGCACCUGCCAUUCCUGUCGUUCCUCUAUGUCAUCCUGGCGAUUGCGAAGCGCAACCAGCCAGAAGACCUUGGCUCCGAUGCGGAUGCGAAAGCCGGUGCUCUCAAGCUCUUCCACACCGCCCGCCGCACGAUGGCAGUUGCGUCUGCAGUGCGAGCGGACCAUAUCGACGUCCUGCUGGCCGCGUUGUUUGGCUGCCGCUUCCUGAUCUGCCUGCGCAUGAGUGCAGAGAGCUGGAGCUUGCUCGGCUCAGCCAUCCGCGCGGCUCAGGCUAUCGGCCUUCACCGAGAUGGCACGAAGCUUGGCCUCGAUGCUGUCACGACGGAACGGCGGCGUCGUCUCUGGGCGCUCAUCUACUACCUCGACAAGACCACGUCGAUGCUGCUGGGCCGGCCUCAAGGCAUCAAUGACCAAAACUGCGACACGCUCGCACCUUCGGACGUGGACAUCGACACGCUGCCGCGCUACGGCCCGGCACCGACGCCUGAAGCCUUUCCGCCGCCGGCCGGCGUCACAUGGCCCAAGCGUCCGCCAGGCGUCUUUAUGUUCGUGGCCAUCCGGCAUGAGCUGGCGAAGCUCACCGGGCGCGUUGUCGAGCACUUCCAGAACUUGUCCAAGCCGCGCAACUACGCCGACGUGCUCGCCAUCGACGCUGACCUUCAGCGCUUCGUCGAUGCGCUGCCCGCGCCUUACAGAUGCGAGCAGAUGGGCGGCGCUGACCACGAGUUUGAUGCCCUCUGCCCCUGGCUGCCUCUGCACCGCUACCUCAUCAACGUCGAGCAGCUCUACAUUCGCAUCACGCUGCACCGGCCGUACCUUCUGCGCUCGGACCGCUACGCCCAGAGCCGCGUCGUGGCAUUUGCCUCGGCCAAGACCGACCGCCAGAUCCGCACAGAAUACAAGCGCGACGUCAAAUGGCCGCGCGACCGUGCUCGCAGCGCACACAUGGGCGGCCUGUACCGCCUCUUCAACGCAGCUCUCGUGGCAGGCAUUCAGCUGCUCCUCGAGCCUCAGAGCCCGGAGGCGCCGGAGCUGCACGCUGCGCUCGACGACUUCCUCGCGCUGAAGAGCAACGAGCCGGCCGACACGUCGCAGUGUACCAAGCGCGAAGUGGCCAUCAUCCAGCUCUUCCAGUCGAAGAGCCGCGACCCGUCGUGGUGCGCAGCGACCGCCACCGGUGCCCGCAGGGGAGGAGCUGCUCGGUCUUCCAGCACUUCUCUGGCUCACGCCGCCACUACGCGUGGCGCAGCGGCUGCUAGCGGCUCCUCGCGUGGAGCAAAGGGCGCCGUCUCGGCCUCUCGCGACACGCCUCCGCAGGGCUCGCGCGCCAGCGCAAUGGAAUCGCCGCCUGACUCCUUUGGCGCUCGCGGCCCGGCAGCGCCACGAUCGCACAACGGCGCGGCAAAAGCAGGCCUCGGCGGGCCGCCGCUCGCUCCGCUCGCCGAGUGGCCCGCCGGCAUCGACCAGAGCGCCUCGUCGGCGGCCUCGUUCGCACCUAUGAGCAUCGACACGCCUCCCGGUGCUGGCAUGACAGGUGCAGGCUCAAGCAGCAUCUCCUCGCGCUCGGAUGCGCUGGCACAGGAUCUCUUUGAUCAGCUUGGCGCCGGCGCGCUCGACUCCUUCGGCCUGGACCAGUCGCCCUUCUCGUGGGACGACGGCGGUAUUGGCGGCGGUGCUGCCAACGGCUUCACAUCCGACGGCCUCGACCAGUUCUGGGCCGCAGCCACCAGCGGCAACCUCGGCGGAAACCUCACGCUGCACUCACCGCACGGCAGCACGCCGAUCGCCACGAGCCGUCCGGCGCACCCGGGCAGCGGCAUGCAGGACCCGAGCGUCAGCCUCACGCCCUGGGGCGGCCUCAUUGAGGCGAUCGUCUCCGGACAGGGCUCGCAGCACCACUUCCAGCAGCAAGACUCGCCGCAGCACUCCGCACCCUCGAAUCCGGCGCAGGGACCCAAUGCAUCGCCCCGAUCACGCUGAGCCUGCGGCCACGCGCGCCCUCUCUGGCAGCGCUGUAGGCCCUCAGGACAGACACUUCGUGGCAUGACCUUUUGCAAUGGCAUGCAGCUCAUUCUGUUCCACGCAGGCGCGUGCCUGCGGCAGUGCUCCUUGAAUUCCAUUAGCAUUGACCUAUGCGCUCCGACACUUGGCCGGCCUCGAGUCGCAGCAGCGCGUUCAUGCUCCUGGGCCAUUCGGCCUCGUAGUGGCUGACCAGAAUGAGCGACAUCGCGCGGCGGGCUUCGGCAUCCUGGGCCCGCU